AUGGAUAAAUUUAUCGAACAGACACUUUCACGUAAAGUUUUGUCCUCGAUGGACUAUGUACCAGAGUCAUUAAAAAAACCUUUAACAUCGGUGAAUAUUGUGGAUAAUCUUAUUCAAGAGCGAACGGUUAAUCAUUCUGAUGAUUUUAAUGAAAGAAGUGAUUUGCCCCCCUUAUCAUCAAAAUGCUCUGCUCCGAUUGUUCCCAUUGUUCAUCAUGAAGGCAAUCAUCAUGAGCAGUUGAAAAAAUUUGUUUCUGAUGAUUCGAUUCUUCAAAAGGAAAGAGAAGAACUGGAAGCAAAGUUGGCAAGACAAAGGCAAAAAAAGUCAAUGAUAUCAAUGGAGGCGGAAAGUGCUACUCCUUUUGCUCUCAUUGAUAUUAAUACUGCAGAAAAAGAGAAAUCUCAUCUUACUCCUCCACCAGUUUUGCCAAAGAAUAUUUCUAUUGAUCUCAGUUUAACAGAAUCACAAUGUAAAGAUUCCGGAAAACCAUCUCCAGUUUCAAAGAAAUCCGUCUCAUCAUCAAUAAAUAUGAAUCAGUCGCUAAAUUCGCCAACUUGCUCCACAAAUUCUCAAUCAUCUCUCAGUAACGAUUAUGAUGAGUUAGCUGCUAAAUUAGCCAGAAGGAAUAUGAUCGCUGAAGGUGAACCAGUAGAGCAAGCAAAGCCUCCUAAACUUUCUGUCUAUUCUGAAUUUCAUGAAUUUACACGGAAACAAAUAAAAUAUUUUAUGGAAACAUUUAAAAAAUAUGAUGAGGAUAACGAUAAUUAUAUCGAUUUUAAUGAACUGAAACGAAUGAUGGAGAAAUUGGGUGAAGCACAAACACAUAUUGCACUAAAAAAUAUGCUCAAACUGGUAGACGAAGAUCAGGAUGGUAAAGUAAGUCCACGUGAGUUCAUGCUUAUAUUUCGUUAUGCAUCAACCGGUCAACUGUCUUGUGCAAAAGUUUUUAAUGAAUUAGCUGCAUCAGUAGAUGUUGUCAAGCAGGGAGUGCAUGCUGCUGCUGAUUUCUUCGAAGCUAAGAUCGAAGAACAAACAAAACUGAGCAGAUUUGAAGAAGAAAUUCGAGCUGAACAAGAAGAAAAGAAAUUACAACAAGCUGAGAAAAAGGAACGUCGACAACAAUUUCUUGCAAAUAAAGCAGUUUUCAUAUGA